AUGGCGGGCCCGGUCAGCCUGCGGGAGCUGCUGCUCGGGGCAGCGGCGGGGGCCGGCGCUGCGAGCCCCGCAGGGUCGCCGGCGGAGGGCAGCGGGGGGGCGGGGGGGGCGGAGCCGCCGUGGCGGGAGGAUGAGAUCUGCGUGGUGGGAAUCUUCGGCAAGACGGCGCUGCGUGUCAGCUCCGAGAAGUUCUCGCUGGUGAACACCGUGUGCGACCGCCAGGUCUUCCCCUUGUUUCGCUGCCAGGACCCGGCGGAACCAGGGCCCGGGUCGGCCGCCGAGGCCGGGGCCGUGGGGGAGGCCGGCGGAGCCGGGGACGCCGGGGCCGGCGGCGGGGAGUCGGCGCGGGCGAGCGUGGCAGCCCCAGAAGCGACCAAGGAGGACCCGACGUCCCAGGACUACAGCCUACUCCAGGCCUACUACAACCAGGAAAGCAAAGUCCUGUACCUGCUGCUCACAUCCAUCUGUGACAACUCGCAGCUGCUCCGAGCCUGCCGAGCGCUGCAGAGCGGGGAGGUGGGAGGAGGCCUCUCCUCUCUGCCUCACGCCGAAGCCCACGAGUUCUGGAAGCACCAAGAGAAGCUGCAGUGCCUCAGCCUCCUCUACCUCUUCUCCGUCUGUCACAUCCUUCUCUUGGUCCACCCUACCUGCUCCUUUGAUAUCACUUACGACCGGGUCUUUAGAGCUCUGGAUGGGCUGAGGCAGAAGGUGCUACCCCUCCUCAAGAGUGCCAUCAAGGACUGCCCAGUGGGCAAAGACUGGAAGCUAAAUUGCCGGCCUUGCCCACCCAGACUCCUCUUUCUCUUUCAACUCAAUGGGGCUCUUAAGGUGGACCCUCCCCGGAACCAAGACCCAGCCCAUCCAGAUAAGCCCAAGAAGCACUCACCCAAAAGGAGGCUCCAGCAUGCCUUAGAGGACCAGAUCUACCGAAUCUUUCGGAAGAGUCGUGUCCUGACCAAUCAGAGUAUCAACUGUCUCUUCACCGUUCCUGCCAACCAGGCUUUUGUGUACAUUGUUCCUGGAGGGCAGGAGGAAGACCCUGUAGGCAUGUUGCUGGACCAGCUUCGGAGCCACUGCACUGUGAAAGACCCAGAGUCCCUGUUGGUCCCUGCACCCCUUUCUGGACCUAGGCGAUACCAGGUGAUGAGACAGCACAGUCGUCAACAGCUUUCCUUCCAUAUAGAGAACAGCAGCAGCUCCAGCUCUUCUUCAGGCCAGCUUGUGGAUUUCACCCUCCGAGAGUUUCUGUGGCAGCAUGUUGAGCUGGUACUAAGCAAGAAGGGUUUUGAUGACAGUGUGGGCAGGAAUCCACAGCCUUCCCACUUUGAACUCCCUACCUAUCAGAAGUGGAUUGCAGCUGCUUCAAAAUUAUAUGAAGUGGCCAUUGAUGGGAAAGAGGAAGAUCCUGCUUCUCCCACAGGAGAAAUAACCUCCAAGAUUUUAAGCAGUAUCAAAGUUCUGGAGGGGUUUUUGGAUAUUGACACAAAGUUCUCAGAAAACCGUUGUCAGAAAGCAUUGCCCAUGGCUCACAGUGCCUACCAGUCCAAUCUGCCCCAUAAUUACACAAUGACUGUCCAUAAGAAUCAGCUUGCCCAGGCCCUUCGGGUAUAUAGCCAACAUGCCCGGGGCCCUGCCUUUCACAAAUAUGCCAUGCAGUUGCAUGAGGACUGCUACAAAUUUUGGAGCAAUGGUCACCAACUUUGUGAGGAGAGGAGCUUAACAGAUCAACACUGUGUACAUAAAUUUCAUUCACUACCUAAAUCAGGAGAAAAGCCGGAAGCUGAUAGAAAUCCUCCUGUCUUGUAUCACAACAGCAGAGCUCGAUCCACUGGUGCCUGUAACUGUGGAAGGAAGCAAGCACCUCGAGAUGACCCGUUUGAUAUCAAAGCAGCUAAUUAUGACUUUUAUCAGCUUCUAGAAGAAAAAUGUUGUGGAAAACUGGAUCAUAUCAAUUUCCCAAUAUUUGAGCCAAGUACCCCUGAUCCUGCUCCUGCCAAAAAUGAAUCAUCACCUGCCCCUCCAGAUAUAGAUGCUGAGAAACUUAAAGAAAAAGAGCCUCAAACCCAAGGAGACAGCACAAGCCUGAGUUUAGCAUUGAGUCUUGGUCAAUCCACUGACAGCUUAGGUACAUAUCCAGCUGACCCCCAAGCAGGAGGAGACAACCCUGAAGCUCAUGGACAAGGGGAAAUAAAGACUGAGAAACGUCCAAACUUGGUUGAUCGUCAGGCAUCCACUGUUGAGUAUCUUCCAGGCAUGCUACAUUCAAAUUGCCCUAAAGGUCUUUUACCCAAAUUUUCCAGCUGGUCUUUGGUCAAACUAGGCCCUGCUAAGUCUUAUAACUUUCAUACUGGCUUAGACCAACAAGGUUUCAUUCCAGGAACAAAUUAUCUUAUGCCUUGGGACAUUGUCAUCAGGACAAGAUCUGAAGAUGAAGGAGACUUAGACACAAACUCUUGGCCCGCUCCAAAUAAGGCUGUUCCUGGAAAGAGAAGUUCAGUUGUGAUGGGAAGAGGAAGGCGGCGAGAUGACAUAGCUCGAGCUUUUGUGGGAUUUGAGUAUGAAGACUCUCGUGGUCGGAGGUUCAUGUGCUCUGGCCCUGACAAAGUGAUGAAAGUAAUGGGAAGCGGACCAAAGGAAUCUGCAAUCAAAGCCCUCAAUAGUGAUAUGCCGUUGUAUAUUCUGUCAUCAUCGCAGGGUCGAGGACUAAAACCACACUAUGCUCAACUUAUGAGGCUUUUUAUUGUGGUUCCUGAUGCUCCUUUACAGAUGAUAUUAACGCCUCAGGUACAACCAGGCCCACCACCUUGUCCAGUAUUCUAUCCUGAGAAGCAGGAAAUCACUCUUCCACCUGAUGGACUGUGGGUACUACGGUUCCCUUAUGCUUAUGUGACUGAUCGUGGACCUUGUUUUCCGCCCAAGGAAAAUGUGCAGUUAAUGAGCUACAAGGUCAUCCGAGGGGUUCUUAAAGCAGUUACACAGUAGUGUUUUCCAAACAGAUCAGUUCUAUUCUUGAACUGCUUUUUCGGUUCAACCUGGCUUUUAAUUGCAAGGGUUAACAUCUGGACAGUAAUUGUUUCAUUGUUUGGGAAUAUUGUUGCUAUUUAUUGGGAAUACAAUUCACCUUCCUAAUAAAAAUUGGAUGUUCUCAAAAGGAACAAGAAAGAUA